AUGAUGAUCGUGGAAUAUUGUCCCUUUGGGAGUCUGGAUAAGUAUCUGAGGGCAAAUAAAGAUUACUUCAUCUGUCAGAAAGACCCUUACGUAAAUAAAAUCUACGACAACAUCGGGAAACAGGUGCUCCUCACCGAAGAUUCACGUUCCAAUGAUACUGCAAUGGAAGCAAAGAAAGAUGGAACUCUAGGCAAUGAACCAGUUCUGAAGGAUGUUGUGGCUGCAACCCUGGUGACUGGCUCUGGUGGGACCAACAGUGGAUUACAGGUGGAUUCUGCUGUCUCUGACACGAGGAUUCCUGCUUCUCCAAACAGGAGGGUGAAUGAUUGGAGAAAUCCUCUGCUGGCUGAGAACGCCCUUCGGAAGUCCUCAGAGGGAAGCAUACUCUCGAGACGAUUCACGACUGGCAAUCUCGUCUUGUGGGCGUACCAGAUAGCUCAAGGCAUGGAAUACUUGGGCUGCCGAAAGGUGGUUCAUAGGGACCUUGCUGCAAGGAACAUUUUACUAGCUGAAGAAAACAUUGUGAAAAUUUGUGACUUUGGCCUUGCCAGAGACAUCCACAGGGACAAUCAGUACGUCAUGAAAGGGGAUGGUCCAUUACCGAUAAAAUGGAUGGCAUUGGAGUCCCUCACAGGGAACAUGGUUUCCACUAGCCAAUCGGAUGUUUGGGCGUAUGGUAUAACACUUUGGGAAAUGUUCAGCCUUGGGAUGACCCCCUACCCUGGGAUAAGUGGCCAGGAUCUCGUCCAGCGUCUCAAGGAUGGCUAUCGCUUGGAUGCUCCUCAAUUCGCCAACGAUCAUAUCUACCAGAUCAUGAAAAAGUGUUGGGUUGCGGACCCCAACAACCGGCCGACUUUCCCCACGUUGAGCGCAUGGUUCGGCGAGAUGCUGCAGGAGUCUGAGCGUCUGCACUACCUUGAAAUGAACAAGCCGUACGAGGAAAGAAACGUAGAGUAUUUUCGCACCAAGACGGACUAUCUUCAGAUGAUACCAGUUGAAACGGAUGAUGGAUACGUUCGACCCUUGAAAUGCCAGGAUGCAUACAUGGAAAUAUAUAAUUCCAACUUCACAUACAUAUGUGAACUCUGAGAUUUCUCAGCCCAAGAUCCACUACCUCCCGAUGACUUCAACGAAAUUACAAGCUGACCUCCAGGAAACCAAGGUACCACGAAUCCAAAAAGAAAUUCCA